AGGAUCAUUCAUUUAGCUGAAAAGAGAGCAGCAGCAGCAGCACAGAUCAGAGGACUGUUAGAGCAGUCCAUUUAAGUUGUAGAUAAGCUUUUGCCAAGUUUAGCUAUGAGAUCAAUCAAAACAUCCAUCUUCAUACGCGAAUUGUCUCCGGACUGAAAAUGACCAAAUUUCAAACCCUUAUUAGAAACAAAAAGGUGCUGGCAGCACUGAUAGUCGCAGCUAUUGUGACUGUCUGCGCCAUAGUUAUACCAGUAGUGUUGGUUACCUCGCACGACGACAAGCUUUCAACUUUCAGAGGGCGAGAUGUACUGGACGAAGUUCCACUGAUUGACGGACACAAUGAUCUACCGUUCAACAUCUACUUGGAGGAGCGCAAUCUAUUGGCAAACUUCGACCUGGACUCAAACCUGAUGGAGCAUCCCACCUGGGGCCCGAGAAAUACCAGUCACACUGACAUCCCGAGACUGCGGCAAGGGAAGUUGAGCGCCCAGUUCUGGGUAGCGUAUUGUCGUUGCGUCGAUACUCAGUACAAGGAUGCCGUCACUCGAACGUUGGAGCAGAUCGAUGUUGCUAAGCGGAUCAUCGCCAAGUACUCAAACGAUCUGCAAUACACUACCUCGGCCGAUGGUAUCAUGGAAGCUUUUGCAGCUAAAAAGAUAGCUUCCCUGAUAGUCGUUGAAGGAGGUCAUUCGAUUGAUUCCAGACUGGCAGUGUUACGAAUCUUCUACGAACUUGGUGUUCGCUAUCUUACCUUGACCCAUUCCUGCAAUACUCCUUGGGCGGAUGCUUCUCCAAUCGAUGGCGUUGCCGAGGCUCAGUUGAAAAAUCUUACCACCUGGGGACGAAAUGUGAUAUGGGAGAUGAACCGACUAGGAAUGAUGAUUGACAUCUCUCACGUUAGUCAUGGAGUGAUGAGGGAUGCCAUCAAAUACAGCAGAGCUCCGGUCAUCUUCAGCCAUUCCUCUUCACAUGCCGUAUUCGAACAUCAUCGAAACGUUCAGGAUGACGUUCUUCGAGAGCUGGUUAAAAACAAGGGAAUAGUCAUGAUCAACUUCUAUCCACUUUUCGUUGGUGGAAACACAAUCGACGACGUUGUCAAUCACUUUAACCACAUCAAAUCGAUCACCGGUCCUGACCAUAUCGGAAUCGGUGGUGAUUUUGAUGGUGUAUCGCAGACGCCGGAGGGUUUGGAUGACGUUAGCAAGUAUCCGGACCUGUUCGAUAUGCUGGCGGAGGGUAGACUGAAAUCGGGACAGUCCUCCGAGCCUUGGACCCGGGAGGAGCUGAAGAAGUUGGCUGGGCUUAAUCUGCUGAGGGUGUUUCGCACUGUAGAAAGGGUUCGGGAUGAAAUGAUCGAGGUGCCGCCGUACGAAGACAUCAUACCCUUUGAGGACUUUGAACGAGCCGGCGUUGCGGAACAGCCCUGUAUGACCGAUAUGGAUCAGCAUAGGAGUUGAAGGAGUUUAAGGCACUGAGCUGGUAGACUUU